UUCAGGAGCAGCGAGGUGUUAAACCGGCCGAUAUUCAUCGCCGAAUGGUGGCUACUGUGUGUUCCACAAGUCAGCGAGUGCCGUUUCGGUGAAAGCCGGGUGUGUUUGCAUAAAGAUGACUAUAAAUCUAUUUCUACAAUUCAAAAUAUAAAAAAAAUCGAUCGAAAAUUUUUAGACAAAAAUCUUAAAAUGUGUGAUCGUAAGUAUUUGACGAAGGAUUCAAUUUCUAUGGACAUAUACCACUCUCUUUCAAGAGGCACAUGGAAGUUAAUGACAAUGAGUAACAUCUUCGAGUAAAAUCCCAAAGAGGAAGGUAUCUGGAAAGCAGUCAUCGAAAUAAAGCUGAAUAUUUGGAAAAACUCUUUUCAAUUAACUUUCGGAAUGGACCUGCCACGGAAAAUCUAUUGCAAGUUGCCUUAUACUGCAUGCAAGCAGCCGCCAGUCGUCAAAUCGUGCAUUGCCGUCGCCAUAAAUGCUGUCACCAGUUAUAUCUGCUUCCUUCAAGAAGUCGUCUUAGCAAAUUUACGUUUAAUUAUAGAACCAAUUAAAGCAUUUUUUGGCCCUCUUUACUGCGAAGUUCCAGGAGUCGUCUGCAAGCCUCCGCCGACGUUUUACGAACGGUCAUUGCAGACUUUGCGCCAGUUUCUAGUUGAAAAUAUGAUUAUACGAUACAUUACGGAAACUUGCUGCAGUUCGUGGACUAUGAUAUUUCUCCAUUUAGCAAUUCUCAUAAUCUUGGCAACAAAAUUAACUCGAGUGGUAAUACGAAAGGUACAUGAACAUAAACCGCGAAGUGCUCUCACACAGCCAAGCAGUAAGGAAAAUCAAAGAAUUAUUGAAUAAAGAAAUUAAUGUUCGUACUAUAAUCAUCUCAUCAUCUUUUGUAACAUAUAGUAAAUAAA